UUUUGGUAACUGGGGCUGUUCAAGAAGCAGUUAUGGUCUUCGAGGAUUAAGCAAAAUAUUGUGCCUCAAAUCUGUGAUUAUUUUACAGCUGUGCAUGAUUUUCAGAAAGGUUUUAUAGGAAACCAAAUACAGAAGAGACAGAACAGAGUGAAAGAGUCAGAUAUAGUGAGUGUUAGUGCUUAGUGUACGUGUGAUGGUUACUGGCUUUAACUGAACUUAGCGAGAGAAUACAAUCUAUUGGAUGUUUGAGUCUCUCUGAAUUCAAAGCAAUCUUCUAUUUGCUUUUUGGGUUAUGAAUUUAUGAUGAUAGGGCUCUCUGAAUGUAAAAUGAAGGUCUGGAUUUUGUUGUAGAGAGAAAAAGGUUGGUUGAAUGAGUAGGUGUUGCAAAGAUUUUGCUUGAAGCACUUGAAGAUUGUUUAUCUCCUUCCGCUGUUUAAUGGUGAAAAGAUAAAAGCUAUGGAUAUUUCAGAGUACACAAGGAUUGUUUUUGAUAAACUUCAGAGAUUUGAGCCUGAGCAUGCUACAAAGAUCAUUGGGUAUCUCCUUCUGCAAGACCAUGGUGAGCAAGAAAUGGUUAAAUUGGCUUCAUACCCAGACCAUUUAAUCCGUGAAGUGGCACUUAAGGCCAGAACCGAGCUUCAAAGGUUGGCUGCUAAAGCAGCCAUACUUCCAAUUUCACUUCCUAUCAACCCUCAACAAGAUUUGAACCAUUUGUCAAUAAUCUCUCCCACCACUCCUACUUCACCAGCAAGCUUCCAGGUUCCCUCUUCCUAUUGGGAUCCACAGUCAGCAGGCAAUACUAAUGCCGAAUUUAUGACAAUAGGUUACUUGGAUUCUAUCUCAGAACUUCAAGACCAGACCCCAUUGUUUAGUUUUGAUAAUCAUAUUGAUACUAUAAAUUCUGUGGCUGCUGGGAUUGCCAAUGAUUACUAUGGCUUAGAUGCUUCAGCUGGCAAUUUGGGUGGAAAAGCUGGUAGAAGGUUUUCAAAUCUGUCUGAAAUUCCUGUCAAGACAUGUCACUAUUUCAACAAAGGAUUUUGUAAGCAUGGAAGUAGCUGUAGAUAUUAUCAUGGACAACUUGUCCCGGAGAUAUUCUCUCAAAUAUAUGGAAAUGAUGCUCUUAAUGAGGAUCAUGUCAUUUCACCAGGGUCACUAGCACAGUUAGAGUCAGAGAUUGUUGAGCUCUUAAAAGCAAGAAGGGGAAGUCCUAUUUCUAUUGCUUCCUUGCCAAUGGCAUACUAUGAUAAGUAUAAAAAGGUACUGCAGGCAGAAGGCUACUUAACUGAAAGCCAGAGACAUGGUAAGUCUGGCUACAGUUUGACAAAGCUUCUUGCAAGAUUGAAAAAUAGUAUUCGGCUGAUUGACAGGCCUCAUGGGCAGCAUGCUGUGGUUCUAGCAGAAGAUGCUCCAAAAUUCAUGGGAAAGGUAGAUUUUGGUCAAAAUAUUAGUGCAUCAAGACAAAUAUAUCUGACAUUUCCAGCUGACAGCACUUUCACUGAAGAGGAUGUCUCAAACUACUUCAGCACUUUUGGAUGUGUUGAAGAUGUAAGGAUUCCAUGCCAACAGAGAAGGAUGUUUGGAUUUGUGACAUUUGUUGACCCAGAAACUGUUAAAAUGAUUUUGGAUAAGGGUAAUCCCCAUUAUGUUCGUGGAUCUCGAGUUCUUGUGAAACCUUACAAGGAGAAGCCAAAGCUUAUUGACAGAAAGUACUCGGGAGAUAGAAUCGAGCACACUCACUAUGUAGACAUUGAUACUGAACUUACCUCGAUUCCAAGAAGUUGUGGGAACCAUCGAUUUAUGAGAAGGUUGCUCGUUGAAGAACAGGAGCGCGCCCUUGAGUUUCAGAGAAGGCGUCUUGCAGAGCUGCAUCUGACCCAAAAAACUUUGUCCAGUUUACCCCAUUUUGGAUUCAACAUUAAUGGGUUAAAAGUAUCAGAUGGCGAUCAUGCCAAUUUUCAGCCGGCAGAAUCUUUCAGCUACUCUCCAAAGGACAAAGCUAAAUACACAGAUACCAAUUAUACUGAUGAGGAUAGCAGUCAAGGACUGAAUCUCCCAGACAGCCCAUUUGCAUUCCCAGUAGAUAGUGGGAUUUCAACAGUUAUGUAGUUUCAGAAGAACUUACAGGAGAAAUAUAGAGUUAAAAUAGCUGCAGGCCAAAGGCAAAAUCUCUAGUUUCAUACAUAAAAAGUGAAACUAGCUGGUGACUUUAGUCAAGUACAUACCAGAUGAAGAAGACCUCUUCAGAAGUGAAUGAUGGAAUUAACAACUUACUGACACAUGUAAGAAGGUUAUAGUUUUUAGUUGAAAAAUAAUGGCAAAAGGUUUAUGAGCUUUUUUAGAACUUAUCACAAGGAACGAGGUAUAUUAUCCAUUAUCUACAGCUUUUAGUAGAGAUUGAAGCAACUUUAAGAAUAUGAGGCUGUGCAGGGAAAGAGUAACCAAUUUCUCACUGAGAACAAAUAAAAACUACAAUAAUUUAUACCAAAAGGUCAGAAUUAUUCGGUAUUCUUUAGUUGCUUUUGGAUGACUAAUCCUAUGUCACUGUCCUGAUAAAUGUAAGGAGUUCUUUAAUAUCUUG